CCGACAAUUAUUGAGAGGAGAUUUGGGUGAAGUGAUGAAAUAGAAGUACAACUCCUUCCUUAAAGUUAUCGAAGUUCUAUAAAACUGAUUAUUUAUUCUCAUAUAUCCAUUUUCAUUUAACAACAACAAAUUUCAAUGGAGAAACCUAUUCAUAUUGCAGUUGUUCCAGGUGUUGGAUACAGCCACCUUAACCCAAUUCUUCAAUUCUCCAAACUCCUUGUUCAUCUUCAUCCACACUUUCAUGUCACUUGUUUCAUUCCCUCACUUGGCUCUCUCCCAACUGACUCAAAAACCAUCCUUCAAACUCUUCCAUCAAACAUCCACUGUUAUUUUCUUCCACCACUUGACCCCAAAAACCUACCCUUACAACUUCCCUUGGAACUGCAACUUCAGUUCACAGUUAAUCACUCACUCCCAUCUUUGCACCAGGUUUUAAAAACCUUAACUUUAAAGACACCCUUUGUGGCUAUGAUUGUUGAUUCUUUUGCAGUUGAAGCAUUAGAUUUAGCUAAGGAAUUCAAUAUGUUGUCUUAUGUUUACUUUCCUUCUGCAGUUACAACACUGUCUUCUUACUUUCAUUUGAUUAAAUUAGAUAAAGUAACAUCAUGUGAAUAUAGAGAUUUACCUGAGCCUGUUAAAAUACCCGGCUGUGUACCGAUACACGGUCGGGAUCUUGUUGUUCAAGCUCAAGAUAGAUUGAGUCAGUCUUACAAAUUUUUACUUAAAAGGGUUGAAAGAUUUCGUCUUGUUGAUGGGGUUAUUAUUAAUAGUUUCUUGGAAAUGGAGAUUGGUGUUAUAAGAGCAUUGGUAGAAGAAGGAAGUGGUAACCCUGUUGUGUAUCCUGUUGGACCUAUUAUCCAACAGGAUACACAACAGGGUCAUGACUUGGAGUGUUUGGCAUGGUUGGAUAAACAACAACCUUGUUCGGUUUUGUUUGUGUCUUUUGGGAGUGGUGGUACACUUUCACAAGAACAAAUUUUUGAACUUGCUUUGGGUUUGGAAUUGAGUGAUCAUAGAUUCUUAUGGGUUAUGAGAGCACCGAGUAAUUUGGCCAAUGCUGCAUAUCUUUCGGGUGGAAAGGAUGGUGUUGACCCUUUGCAGUUUUUACCAUCUGGGUUUUUGGAUAGAACUAAGGAGAAAGGUUUGGUGAUUCCAUUGUGGGCACCUCAAAUUCAAAUCCUUAGUCACAGUUCAGUUGGUGGGUUUUUGAGUCACUGUGGUUGGAAUUCAGUUCUUGAGAGUGUGAUGCAUGGUGUGCCGCUUAUCACGUGGCCUUUGUUUGCUGAGCAGAGAAUGAAUGCUGUUGUGUUGAGUGAGGGACUUAAAGUGGGAGUGAGGCCAAGAGUUAAUGAAAAUGGGAUUGUGGAAAGAGAAGAGAUUGUUAAAGUGAUCAAGUGUCUCAUGGAAGGGGAAGAAGGUGGGACAAUGCGCGAUAGAAUGAAGGAAUUGAAAAAUGCUGCUAAUAAUGCAAUCAAAGAAGAUGGGUCUUCUAUAAAGACUCUUUCUCAAUUAGCACUUAAGUUGAGAAAUUUGGCAUUCUUGAACAAGGUGAGUUUCAUGAACUUGGACAUGGAAAAAACAAUUCACAUAGCAGUUGUUCCUGGUGUUGGGUUUGGCCACUUAGUCCCUAUUCUUCAAUUCACAAAGCUUCUUGUUCACCUUCAUCCAUUCAUUCAUGUCACAUGUCUUAUUCCCACACUUGGGUCUCCACCAAGUGCCUUAAAAACAAUCCUUCAAACUCUUCCAUCAAAUAUCAACUACACUUUUCUUCUACCAGUGGAUCCCAAUGACCUACCACAAGAGACACUCACCUUAGAAAUGAAAAGUCAGCUCAUAGUUACUCUUUCUUUGCCAUAUUUACAUCAGGCCUUGAAGUCCUUGGCUUUAAGGACUCCCCUUGUGGCCUUGGUUGCUGAUUCUUUUGCUGUUGAAGCGCUAAACUUCGCUAAAGAUUUCAAUAUGUUGUCCUAUAUAUACUUCACCUCUGCAGCUACUACACUUUCUUUUAGCUUCUAUUUUCCUAAGUUGGAUGAGGAAACAUCAUGUGAGUACAGAGAUCUACCAGAGCCUAUCAAAAUACCAGGUUGCAUACCACUCCAUGGCAGCGAUCUCCUUACACCGGCUCAAGAUAGAUCGAGUCAAGCUUACAAACACUUCCUCCAACAUUCUAAAAGUUUAUGUUUUGCUGAUGGUGUUCUUGUUAAUAGCUUCUUAGAAAUGGAAAUGGGUCCUAUAAAAGCACUGACAGAAGAAGGAAGUGGCAACCCUGCUGUGUAUCCUAUUGGACCCAUCAUCCAAACAGGAACUAAAUCUGGUAGUGAUGUUGGUAAUGGCAAAGAGUGUCUUACAUGGUUAGAUAAACAGAAACCUUGUUCAGUUUUGUAUGUUUCUUUUGGAAGUGGUGGUACACUUUCACAAGAACAAACUGUUGAGCUAGCUUUGGGUUUGGAAUUGAGUAAUCAUAGAUUCUUAUGGGUUGUAAGAGCACCAAAUAAUUCAGCGAAUGCUGCAUAUUUUUCUACACAAGAUGAUGAUGUUGAUCCUUUGAAAUUUUUACCAUCUGGUUUUUUGGAAAGAACUAAGGAGAAAGGUUUGGUGAUUCCAUCAUGGGCACCCCAAAUUCAAAUCCUUAGUCACAGUUCAGUUGGUGGGUUCUUGAGUCACUGUGGUUGGAAUUCAUGCCUCGAGAGUGUGAUGCAUGGUGUGCCUCUAAUCACAUGGCCUUUGUUUGCUGAGCAGAGAAUGAAUGCGGCUUUGUUGAGCGAGGGCUUAAAAGUAGGUGUAAGGCCGAGAGUUAACGAAAAUGGGAUUGUCGAAAGGGUGGAGAUUGUUAAGGUGAUCAAGUGUCUCAUGGAAGAAGAAGAAGGUAGGAACUUGUGCAAUAAUAUGAAGGAAUUAAAAGAUGCUGCUAUUAAUGCACUCAAAGAAAAUGGGCCCUCUACAAAGACUAUUUAUCAAUUAACACUCAAGUGGAGAAAUCUGGUGUAGAAAUAAACUAGCUUUAAGGAAUGCUUUUUUACCAUUAUUAUAGUUUUUCUGUUUCUUCUUUGGAAUGAGAUAAUCAUUAUAAUUUGCAGUAUUAAUCUCAUAUUAUGAAGCAUACUUAUAAGAUACUCUAUUUGACAGUUGAGUUUGAGUUAGUCUAGUCUAUAAUAUGUACACAUGUUAUUGGAUUAA